AUCCACUAAUAUCACCCUAUCUAAAUCCAACAUUCAAACUCCACCACACCCCACCGUCAGUCAUGGUGGUUAUCACCUCCAUCGCCACCACUCCCAACCAUCACCACCACCUCUACACCCUCACCUUCAAUCCUUCAACAACCUCUCUUCUUUACUUUCGCCAUUUCUAUAAAACUCCAACGAAGUCCAACAUUUGCAGAUCCUCCAAUGGCGUCGUGGUUGUUAAAUCUUACAUGGAGGAUUCAAACACAAUCUCCGGCUUCGCCAAUAGAGUCAUCGGCGCCUUGCCGGUAAUUGGCCUCGUCGCCAGAAUUCUGACCGACACCGGUGGCGUUGGAGGCGAUUUCAUCGAUUUUGCUGAGUUUCGAAGGAGAGUUGGGAAGAAUUCUUCGGUGAAUGAUUCUAGAGCUUUCAUCGACUUUCAAGAUCGCCAUGGACGGGCAGGGGAUCCUCUCUAUGUGUUGAUGUGCUGUUGGUUAGCUGCAUUAGGAGCUGGAUUGCUGAAAUCUGAAGAGAUUUUGGAAGGAGUAUCGAGACUUCGGCUUUCGAACGAUAUCGAAUUCGAAGAGGAAACGUUCAUUGCCAUGAUGAAUGAAGCCAGAGAGAAACGAGUGAAACUAAACAUACCCGUAACACCCAUUCCUAUGGAGGCAAGAGCGGAGAAGGCUCUCGAUGCUAUAUACGUUUGUUGCUUCGGAAGAGAUCCUAUAGAAGAAGAAGAUGAAAGACAAUUGCGUAUAAUGCUUAAAGUCGUUUUCCCAUCCGUUGCACCAGCGGAGAUAGAUAGGAUCGUGAAAGCCAAGGCUCAAAGAGUUGCCGAAGGAGGCGAAGAAGAUAGGUAUCCCGAGCCUAAACCGUUGUCUAAAGAAGCCGUGCAGCUUCAAAUGAAAGAUCUCCAGUUUCUCCAACAAAACAACGAUAGUUGAACUUGAACGUGAAGAAGAAACCGACAACGAGAUUACAGUAAGUAGUAGUACAACGAUAGAAUUUGCAUACGGUUAGAAUUGUGUCGAGAGUAUCUCCAAUGAAGACACUAAAUUUAACGACUUGCACUUUAAAAAGUGGUGUAACGGAUGGUAAAACAUCAAAUUUAGUGUAAUAUUCUUCAUUCACUUGGACA